GGCAAACGUAAAAAUCCUUCGAAGUAGAAUCUUCUGCAGAUUGUAGACAUUUUUAAGCAUAUGUACAUAUUAAGUAAUAUAAGUUUCUUCAUGUCUCAUACAAGGCGAUCUUCUUGCGGUAGCAAGUCGCUGUUUGUUCUUUACUCUUUCUAUACGCAGUUUAUUCGCGAAGCAUAGAGAACGUCGAUGUUUAAUAAUUCAUCAAAUAUUAAUGACUAGCCUUAUUGAAUACAUCUCUGUCCGCGACGCGGACGACAUACCGCGCUGUUUAUUAUGGUAAUCUUGUUGUUACAUGGAAAACAUAUCGCAUACGGAAAUGGCUACUCUUUUUUCCCCUCUCCAUAAUGCGGAGAUAAAUAGUCGGGUAGGAACACCCCGUGGCUGUAUUAAAAUUUCAAAUACGCUCGAGGAUGUCGCACGCGUGUCAUUAUUAAUGCAGUUCGCAUUGACGGAAUAACACGGGCGAUUUCUCGUCAGUUAUUUUCGGACGCGCGUCUCGGUUCUUCGCAUAUAUUAUCAAGGCAUGUUGGGAAAAGUAAGUACCGACUGAGUUGAGAUUAGAAACGUGAAACGACUUGUAGUAAGACGAGGGAAUUAUGGACAUCCUACCGGUGAACUUCAAAGUUCUGUGGUUCUGCGGCGCGUGGAAGGAGCGGAAAGACGAGAAUAUAGUUCUCGCGUUCUUGUAUACUUGUUACAGGUACGCGGUUUUCCUUUUGAUAUACGAGUCCACGAUAUUCGAGGUGAUAGAAUUAUUUCGCACGCGCAAUCAUAUGAGCGACGUGACGGAAGGACUCUUCCUGACGUCGACUUUUGUAACGUUGUGCCUGAAAUACGCGAACUUCCUGCUGCGAAGAAACGAACUGUCGGCGCUGUUGGAAUAUCUGCGUAUGAAAAUAUGCCAGCCGAGGAAUUUCAAGGAGAGACUAAUAAUAGACGCACAUAGUCGGAAAGCCAAGUGGAGCGCUCUCUCCUUCCUGAUAAUCUCGCAGGCGACUAGUCUGGCCUUGAUGAUCGCGCCAGUUCUGGAAACAAAUGCAGAAGAACGAGUGCUGCCCCUGAAAUUGUAUGUCCCUUAUUCUAUCACGAGAUUGUUCCCGUACGCGGCUACGUAUCUGCAGCACGUUCUAACGCUUUUCUACGCGGUGAUGCUCAACGUCUCCUUCGACUCUCUCGUUUACGGCCUGACGAUACACGCGUGCGGGCAGAUCGAGUUGCUCGGUCGCCGAUUAAAGGACGAUCUCGCAGCCUCGGAGACUCUCGAGAUGAGACCGGGCUCGAACACGUCGAUCGAAGAGUGCGUCAGGCAUCAUGUACUCAUGCACGCUUUUGUGAAGAGAGUAGGAGCGCUGUUCGUAUGGACGGUCGCGGUCCUCUUCUUCUUCAGUCUGAUCAUUUUCUGCACCAGCAUUUUCCUCAUAACGAAGACGAAACUCUUCAGCGUCGAGUUUUUUUCUCUGAUAUUAUACUUUAGCGGUAUAAUGUUGCAAAUAUUUUUUUACUGCUGGUACGGGAAUGAGCUUGAACUGAAGAGCAGUGGAAUCGCGAGAGCUAUUUAUUUUAGCAAUUGGACGAUGGUGACGCCGCAGGAACGCAAGUCUUUGAUGCUCAUUAUGAUAAACUGUCAGAAGGGAUUCGUAUUUUCCUAUCAUGGGACAUUCACGUUGUGUCUGGACACUUUUACUUGGAUUUUCAAGACGUCUUACUCGGCUUUCAAUCUUCUGCAGCAAGCGUCGGAUUAAUCAACGUUCGCAUCA